GCCUCACCAGGGAGGCGCAGAGCGCGCGGCUCUCCCCUCCUGCGGGCUGUGGUCCCGCGUUGACGGCACCCUCUGGCACGGAAAGGCUUUUAACCUGAUGAGGUGCCCGUUCCUCUGUUUUCUGCUUUCGCUCUCCCUGCUUCCCAGAGCGCGUCCCGGAAGCCGUGGCUGGGAGUCGAGGGCCUGCUCCGCGCCCGCCGCGUUAGAGGCGGGAACGCGCGGAAGGCGCCCCGGGAGCGCCCGUUCCUUCGGUGCCGCCAUGUCCGUUUUAUGGCGUGAGGCGCUUCGAAUUUCCUAAAGCUUGUCACCUGCCUCUCUUCAUACCACAGCUUGUAUGAGACGAUCAGACAUCGAAGUACAGCGCGGGUGUUGCUGCUAAACGCAUUAACAGGAAAAUUUACGAAAACACUGGAAAGAGCCGGGCAGGGUUCUGCGAGCCGGGGGAGCCGCAGCCGCGAGGCCGCCCGCCCGCCCGGCUUCUGACGGCUUUGUGCCGGGGUGAGGUGCUCGGGGUCUUUCCCGGCGCAGCCGUGUAUAAAAGGAGGAUUUCAUCGCAGAGUGGAUGGGAGCGGGAGUGGCAGUAGAGCGUGUGCAAAUGCUUGGCAGUGUGUAUUUUUUUAGAAUGUUCUCUGAAAAUGUGGAUUGGAAUAAUUUAAGAAUUGUGGGGAGAGGGAGAUCGGGAACAUUUGUAGGAGCUCCUGAUGACAUAGUGAGGGUGGAAGGAGAUAGAAGCUGUCGGUUAACAUGACAAUUUAAAUUUGGACCCCGGAUUUUAUUCUAGACAACUUCCAAACUUUUAUACUCGGUUUUGACUGAAUGGGUUCGUUCAUUCAUUCGUCAGACUCUGGAUGUGGUCUUAUUCUUAGGUAGGUAAAAGAAAACACUGCAUUUGGAUUUCUGUUUUUCAGUGAACAGGAAAGUGUGAGACUGAAUUCUAGGAUUUCUGUCGUGUUUACAUUUUAUUCUUGUGAGAUGAAACGUCUGAUAAAACACUUUAAAAUUUGGCAGAAGUUUUUCUUGAAAAAAACCUUGACCUUUAAAUGGAUCUAGGACAUUGUUGCUUUCUAUGUUUUUAGUUGAGAAUACUCUUUUACCGCUCAGGACAGUGGCCCUCUAGUGAAUUGAUUUUUACAUCUUUCAGAUAUUCCCAUACUGUGCAUCUGGGUUUGAAAGGAUUGAUAUAUAUGAAUUAACUACUGCAUAGAGAAUAUAAAUAUUCUGGGGGAAGUGUCAGUAGGCUGAAAGUAGAUUACAUUUUUGUGGGUUUUUUUUUUUUUUUUUUUUUUUUUUUUUUUUUUUAGUUUUAUUUGUACAUACUAGAACUGGGGUGCAGGCCAGAGGUGCAGGGGGUGAGAGGAUUCCCUAGAGACAAAGUGGGGACCAGAACAGGCGGAUCUCCUGAAACCCACUGCAGAGGGUAGCCGCAGGGAGACAGGAGAGGUCUGCCACGCCCUGUGGGUCACUCCCUGGCUGGGGAAGGAACUUGAACUUAGGCCUUUGUGGUGAUAGCGCUGAGACUUAACCCCUAGAGCACCAGGGAGGCCCCACAUUUUUGUUUCUUAAGCGGUAUGUUUAUUGGAUUAUUGAUGUAUUUUGAACUAUCACAGAGGGAUCUAAUCUCACCAUUUUAAUGCUUUUUACACUGUUGGUUAAUAAUUUCAGGCUAAGAGGGGAAGGGGGAAUUUGUUUUUUUCUUUUUUAAAGAUUUAUUUAUUUAUUUAUACAAGAGCUGGGGUACAGGUCAGAGAUGAAGAGGGUGAGAGGAUUCACCAGAGACAGAGUGGGGAACAGAACAGGCAGACUGACUGAAAUGCACUGCUGAGGGGAGCAGCGGGCUGAGGUCUGCACACCAUGUGGGUGGCUCCCUGGCUGCGGAUUGGAUUGCUUCAUAGUGCGGUGCUUAACCCCUUGCACCACCAGGGAGGCCCCAGAAGGGGGAAUUUGAAACCUACGUUUUGUUUUGUUUUUUUUCUCAGAACAGCAUUUCUGUUGCUUUAAGAAUGCCGUAGUCAUUUGAGGAACAGUCUGCCUAACCCUUCCGCACAGGCCAGUCUGUGUCUGCUUUAAUGCGCGGAUUACUCACGUAUCAUUUGCUGUCUCUACCUGCACGGUAGCAACUAAAGACUCCUCUUUCAAUUUUUUCCCCAUGAGAGAGGGAAAUGCAGAGCAGAACCCACCUGAGAGCGCGGUGAGAAGGGCUCCAUCAGGAAGACGGGUCACAGCGAGUGCAGCUGAGGUGUGGAGAAAGGGGGCCCGUUGGCACUGUUGGGCCUGUGACGUGGUGCAGCAUUUUGGAAAACAGCGCGGAGCGUCCCCAGAAACUACAGCUAGAACUAGCAUCCGACCCAGCCAUCCUGCUCUGGGCAUCUUUCUGGAAACUAGGAAACCAGAGCUUGACCAGCUGCACGCGCCUGGCGCGUGACACCACUGCCCGUGGCCCCGAGGCAGGCCAGCCACAGGCACAGCAGCUCUGUUGGAAAUAAUUAUGAAAAAUGGAAGCACGGCUGGGAGUGGGCCUCACUGCCGCAAGCCCUCAGGCGGCGUGGACCCAAGCAAGCCCAGCGGCACCCCGGACGGCACGUCUGGGCGCGGUGAGGGCGGAAAAGGCUACACCAAAGACCAGGUGGACGGAGUGCUCAGCAUAAACAAAUGUAAAAAUUACUAUGAAGUGCUUGGAGUUACCAAAGAUGCUGGUGAUGAAGAUUUGAAAAAAGCUUAUAGAAAGCUUGCUUUGAAGUUUCAUCCAGACAAAAACCACGCACCUGGAGCAACAGAUGCUUUUAAAAAGAUUGGCAACGCUUACGCUGUUCUGAGCAACCCCGAGAAAAGGAAGCAGUACGACCUGACGGGCAGCGAGGAGCAGGCGUGCGGCCCCCAGAGCAACGGGCGCUUCAACUUCCACCGGGGCUGCGAGGCCGACAUCACCCCCGAAGACCUCUUCAACAUAUUCUUCGGUGGCGGAUUCCCUUCAGGUAGCGUACACUCGUUUUCAAACGGACGCGCCGGGUAUAGCCACCAGCAUCAGCACCGGCACAGUGGACACGAGCGGGAAGAGGAAAGAGGAGAUGGCGGUUUUUCUGUGUUUAUCCAGCUGAUGCCCAUUAUUGUGCUGAUCCUCGUGUCUCUGCUAAGCCAGCUGAUGGUGUCUACCCCUCCUUAUUCCUUGUACCCUAGAUCUGGAUCAGGGCAAACUAUUAAAAUGCAAACAGAAAACUUGGGUGUCGUUUAUUAUGUCAACAAGGACUUUAAAAAUGAGUAUAAAGGAAUGUUAUUACAAAAGGUGGAGAAGAGUGUGGAAGAGGACUAUGUCACUAAUAUUCGAAAUAACUGCUGGAAAGAAAGACAACAGAAAACAGAUAUGCUGUACGCGGCGAAAGUCUACCGCGACGACCGCCUGCGGAGGAAGGCCGACGCCAUGAGCAUGGACAACUGCAAGGAGCUGGAGCGGCUGACCAGCAUUUACAAAGGAGGUUGACCUGGGCUUUUCCUGGUGACUUUUAGCAUCAUCUGCAUUUUUUCUGUAAGCGUAGUUUCAUCAUGAGAGUGAAAGAAAAAGAUUUGAUGCUCAAAACUCAACUGAAUCGUCGGUCCCUGAAAUCUUGGAUUAUUUAAUGACCUGGCUCCUUUAAAUAGUAAGAAACUGAAAACUAAAAUUAAUACUUUAAUUAUGCUUCUGCGGUUCCUUUUUUCACUUGAAAAACUUACCUGAUUCCUAUCUGCAAAUGUGUCCAGAAAGGAUUAUCACACCUGUAGCAGUUCGGUCGUAGUGAUCCUCCAUCUUUCCCUUGUCAUGUAAAUAUCGAUGGAAUGGUCGUUUUGUGUACAUAUAGGUUAUUGUCUUUUUAUUUCGAUUCUUUUAGCGUCUAGCUCCAUGUGACACCUCAGUUUCAACGGAUGGAAUAAAUGUUCUAGGACAAAAUGGCGUCUCCCUUGUCAGAUAUUGAAUGUGUAGAGUUUAAACAAUGCAACUUUUUCAAAAGAAAAAACAAAAGCUGUCUUUGUAUAAAAUCUUGUAGCAUUAUCAGCUUAGAGGGAAUUGAUAUUUUUAAUAUUGCCAUUAUAUUCCAAAAUAUAUAUUGAGAUAAAUGAACUGGUGUAUACGAUCAGUUUACUAUUUAUUUAGUUUUAUGAAAUGCUAAGCCAUGCAUAGAGAGGAAAUGCUAUACUGAUAGAUUUUAAAGAAAAUCGGAAGAAGGUUAUCUAAUUAUGAGACAAACAGGGCCUUCAACAGUACAUUGCAGUGGUAUCAUUUGCAAUUCCGAUAAUUACAAGGCCCCCAAAUGAUCAUCUAUGUAUGUCUUUGAAGGCUGCUACAGUCUAUGAAGAAGGGAGCCCGCCAGUUUUCUCCCUAUGAAAUUUGCAUUUUCUUCAUAGGGGGUCAUUUAAGCAGAUUCCAAAACAGAAUGGGUUCCUCUCCAGAGAAUAAGAAAAAUUACUCUUAAAAUGAAGCUUUGUGCCUUUUAACCUGAUUGCCAACCUGCUAACAUACGAGCCGACGGCAGCAACCUUACUGGACAGGAGCCUCUGCUGAACGCCACCCACAGCUGCGGCAGGUAGAGUAGUGAUUUCUAGCAAGUGAUCCUUACAGAACCCUGCACUAAAGUCCACUUCCCAUUGAGUAAGUCACUCACUCCUCUAGGAAUAAGGUCCUCAUAAUAAAAUCCAUAACAGACAUUAGAAAAUUCAUCUGGAAGUUGAAGUUGUUAGUGACUGUGUAAUGGGUAUGAACCUGUUUGAUUUCUAAGUCUUCUGUCUCAAGAGUUGUAAUAUUUUAACAAUUUACUUCAUACUCAGAGGAACAUGAACACAUCUUUGGGGGUUUUUGUUUUGUUUUGUUUUGUUUUGUUUUGUAUGAGACAGAAGUAUAGUUCGAGCGGCUCUAUUCUUUCAAUGGUUUUCCCUUAGUAUGGUUAAAUUAUAGCAUCUGUUGCAUAAAGUGCUGCAGUAACCCUUCCCUUUUUAAAUGUUCUUGUAUCCCCUGUUCCAGGUGAAUCAAUAGAAAUGCUGACUGAAUCAGUAGGCCCUACCACACAACAUACUGUUCUAGGACAACCGGAAGUCUUAACCCACUUCCUCUUAAAAAUGUGAUCAUAAAAAAUAGCAGUCCUUAAGAUACAAUUUCAAGUAUUUUCUCAAGCCUGUAUAGAGUUUUUAAAAAAAAUAAGCUCAUAGCCUUCUAAAUUUAAAAGUUCACAGACGUGAAAACUUAAGAAAAUGUACAUGCAAUUUUUCAUCCACUUAUUUUUCCAGUUUCCUCUGGAAACGUGCACUUUUGCGGCUGGUGCCUACGAGAACUGAGCGCUUGCUGACCGACUCCUAGCCCUCACUCUGACUUCAAGGCGCCAGAUGACGUCAGCAAUCGAAGUGAGGUUAAACAUUCUGAUGUCUUACUUGCUUUGACAGUAUUAUAUUCCAGCUGCUUUGCUGCAUUCCAUUACGUUUCAAAAAAUGUUCAGGGAAGUAUGUUUGAUAGAAUAAAAUUUUAAGCAGCUGUGGGGCAUGACUGACCGAGUGCCUGUAACGUAAGCCACAUAGUAAGUCCGCGAGUAGAGAUUAACUUCUGAUGUCCCCUGUAUCAGGCAGUGAAGGCACAACCAGGUGUCUCAGAAAUCUGGAUUCAUUCCACAGAGAAGACGAACUUGAGAUGUAAGAUUUCCAUAUUUGCUGCUCUUAGAAUAAAAAUUCCAACAUCCACCAUCCUAUUGUAACUAUAGAGUUUGGCAAUUUCAAUCCAUAGCUUGUACUUUACAUUUUCAUCGUGCCUACAGCCCUCCUCUUUGUAUGGCUUUCCUAGCUGUUCUCAGUGGUGUUCUAGAUGUCUGGCAGUGAUUAUUUAGUAAUGCUUUACAUGUGUAUUUUUUCCAAAACCGUUGUCCCUUUGAGGUUGUACAGGAUGGUAAAUGGUGUCUUUCCUCCUGCUUUUUUGAUCCCUUUAGUUUUCAAAUUGACUGGUGCUAGCCAUUUGUAAGUCUCAUAAUUUAUUUUGGUCAAAUACGAGAAUUUAAUUCUCCACAGUGAAAAAUUGCCAGUUCUGUUUCAUCCAAUAAGUGAAAACAAUUUACUUUGGGGACAGAUUACAUUGGAAUGCUUAAGUCAAGAUUUGUUGCGUAAUUAUUGCUUGUUUGUUGAUGAUUUACAUGGGUUUGGUUGAGAAAAGCAAGUCCCGAAGGCACAUGGAUGCCGAUGCACUAAGUCACCUCAGGUGUUGCCAGGGUCAGCGCCUUACUCUAAGUCUACUUUUCCGCCUCAGUUUUAUUCCUAUUACAUCUCCAGUUACUCUAGUAUGUAAAAUAGUCACUGAGAGAAAUGGUUUUCCUAUGGAUUUCCCUUUCGUUGCUCUGUAGUAUUCUCAAAGGCAGCUGUCGUUGAACGAGCGUAGCUGGUACUACUAGCGUAUCCCCUGCACAGUUACAGAAAGGCCGGCCUCCCCGGAGCAGGCUGAUACCUCCUGCCGCAGGCCCGAGGACCGUCCUUCCUCACUGGACAAGUAUUAUGUCAAAGGACCAAGCAGGCGAAGAGAGUGCGUGUAGUUAUUUAGCUGCCCCACUCACAGCUCGGUCAGUAGAAUGUGUGUUCCUCUCUCUGGGCCAAACCAACUGAAAGGACACUCGUGGCUUACGUGAAGUUUAACCUUUGUGACGGAGCUGAAAACUGUGUCUGCUGGCCACCGUAGACCUCUACCCCCAUAAAAUUCACUAUAAACCAGUGAAAAAAGAAGAGUAGCCUCAUAUUAAACCCCCAAUUUUUUAACUUCUCUCUUUACCAAGGAAGAGUGGGAAGAAUGAGGAUCUUCAAGGAAUCCUCGCACAUCCCGUCAAUUAUGUGGCAGACAAGUCAGUCCUAGAAUUGAGAUGUUGUUUUCUGGCUUCAUUACCGCUAAAUAGAUACUUUCAUAUAAAGAAACAUUUUGCCUCAAAACAUUCACUCGAUGCAUACUCCUUAUAUUAAGGGUUAUGUGAUCACAUUUUUUGUAAAUUCCCUGUAUGUAAAUUUUUCCCGUUGGUAUGUGACCCCUUUUCAUUUAAUUACCUGCUGGUUUGGGGGCCAAUCGAGUUGUGAAUAUUCUGUGGAUGUGUCUGUCCGUGUAUAGGUGUAUAUAUGUACAUUUUUCCAGCUAAUACCUCAAAAGUGAUUGUUUAAUAUAUACCACACUGUUUGCACAGAGCAGGGCUUCCGUUAGCAGUGAAUAUUAUUUCCAACUUUGAAAAUCAGCCCAUGAAAUUUCCUGGGUGUACUCUUUGUUGAUUUGUUUCAUAUUUUAAAACAGACUUCUAUUGUAAGGCCCACGAUUCAAAUGUAAUUGUAUCUUUCUAUAUAUAACUUGGAAAUAUGUAGGGGUUUCUUGAAAAGUCUUAGUUUUGUAAGUUAUCAUUAGCAAUCGCAGUCACUGGCUGGCAAGCUGAGUAGCUGCUUAGCAGAUGCCAUGAGUAUGAAUGUGACACGUCGCGUUUCUUUGGACCAGGGGCCGGGAAGUUCCCCUCUGACACUCUUCUUGGCCAUUUAAUACCACCACCAAAAUGAUAUGCUGCAAUGACAUGGGAGUAUUUUGAGCAUCAACUUCAAAAUGAAUUGUUUUUGAGUUGCAUGGCUCUACCAAUGAGGAGAAACUCACACAUCAAUGUUCCUUUGUCAUUUAUUUAUAUUAAGAAAUGCUUCUUACCUGUUUUGGUUUUGGUUUGCGACAUAGACUUUCCAUUUAAAGUUUAAAUCGUGUGUUUAUAAGAGCUGCAGGUAAUUCUCAAGGUGUGAUGGUAUUUUAGUGGAAGCCUUGCGUAAAUUAAAUGAAACAAAUUUGGUAAGGGAGGUCUUAUUUUAUCGGUCUAUAGUGUAUUCAAGAUUAUACGAUUAGGUUUAAAAACGUCUGAUUUGUAAAAUGCUGUAUCAGACACACAUAAUAAAAUUUUCUGUGAGAACUCUUAAAAUGCAUUUGAUUUUUAGUGAGUCUUCUGCUGAAUGACUUAUGAUGAAUUUUUGUCUUUCGUUCUCUGCAGUUUAUCUCAAUAUAUGAAUAAAAAGGUCUGUUCUCACUAUAAAGAAUCUGUUUUUAUCAUGUUUUAUAUUCUUGAUAGUCCCUUUCAUUAAUCCAGCCAUUCAAGAAAUGUGUGAAUGUGAACAAGACAACAGUCCUCAUGAAGCUUUCAUGUGUCAAGGAGGUCAAUGUCACGUCAAUAAGGAUAAUUAAGAUGAAUGCUGCAAAGAAGUUACAUGGUCGUAUGAUCUUAGGAGAUUAUUCAGGAUAGCACACAUCGAAAGAUGGAGAAUGAGGGAGAGCUUAUCAAAAGGUGGGUUUAAGCUGACUCCAAAGGUGUGGGACGAGGAGGAGUAAAGUGAAAGCUCGGGAAAUAUUUCAGGUGCAGUGCUAAAUGGAUCAAGUCGUAGAACUUCACGUGCGUGAAAACAAACCUGUAUGAUUACAGCAUAAAGACGGGGUAAGUCAAAGAACUAAACAUACAGCAAGAUCCCAUCACAGGAUACAUAACACUUGAUGAUAAUGGACUUUAACAGAAACCUUUGAGAUUUUUGAGAGUUACGUGAUGAGAUUUAUGGAAAUAUCAUCUUAGAUACUAGAAAGGAAGUAAGGGGAGUUAUUGUCAAAGGAGAUAUUCACAACUUAGGCCAGAGUAGACCUAGAGAUUCAUGAAUGAUUUUGAAAGACACCCAGAAGGUCUGAUCAAGAGAAUUCUUUGUUGAAUGGAAUUUGGAAUAUAAAGAAGUAGCAAGUAAAAUCUUUCCCAAAAUUUGACUGUUAAAAAGCGCAAAGAGUGGCCACUGGAAAAGGGUAUGGUUUCUAAAGGAGGUUUUUAUUUUCUCAAUUAUUACAUGAGAGACCUUGCUACUUCUUUUAUUCUGAUGGAAAGGAGCAAGAAGAAAAUGUGAGCAAAAACAGAGAAAAAGAGAGGUAAUAACAUUAAGUGCCUGAUACAGCCAGAGGAUACAUUAAUUAUUGCAAACAUGGAGACGUUUUUCUGAGAAUUUCCAGGAAGGAAUGUGUGGAGCAUGUAUACAAAUGCAGGUAAUUUGUGCUACUGGUAGCAUGGUGCUAUGGAUUGCAUCUUCCUGAUGAAAUAGGCAGUUUGUAUAUGUAAAGUGGGGCCAAGAAUGCUAAGCAAAGACUUAGAAAUAACCAAGAGAAGUUGAAAAAACUGUUUUCACAGAGUCAGCUGACUAGUGGAAAAGAAGGACUUUAACAGGUUCCAGGUUGGUGACAGUUUACAACCUGUCCGGCUGUGUGUAUUUUCAUCACAAUGGUGGAUAGAAGAGAACGUUAUUGCAUGACCUUGCAUAACUGUAUUCCAAACGAAAGUCAGAAUCAAAAUUAGCAAAACGUUUGCAAUUUGACUAGUCUAAGUGGUAAAACUGUAGAUUUUGUAU